AUGUCUUCCCAAUUCACUCUCCAGACUACCUUGCCUUUGCCAAACUCGUCAGUCAAGAUCCCCGCCCUCGGUUUCGGUGUCUACCAGUCGCAUGGCCCUACUUGCAAGAAGUCGUGUUUGACUGCUCUCGAGGCUGGCUACCGUCACAUUGACAGUGCGCAAUACUACGCCAACGAGCAGUUGGUCGGUGAUGCUGUCAAGGAGUCCAACGUUGACCGCAAGGACGUCUUCAUCACCACCAAGAUCCUGUCUCCAGGAAAGGAUGAGGAGGAGACAUACCAAUCGCUCGUCGAGAGUGUGAACAAGAUCGACCAAGGCGGCUACGUCGACUUGUUCUUGAUCCACAGCCCUAGCUCUGGUCCCGAGGGCAGAAAGACCUUGUGGACUGCUCUUGAGAGACUGUACAAGGAGGGCAAGACCAAGGCUAUUGGUGUUAGCAACUUUGGCAAGGGUCAGAUUGAAGAGCUGAAGUCGUUUGCCAAGGUCUGGCCGCCACAUGUCAACCAGAUUGAGCUGCACCCCUGGAACCAGCAACGUGUAGCUGUCGAGUACUGUCAAGCCAACAACAUUGUCGUUGAGGCUUACUGCCCCCUUGUCCGCAACCAGAAGGCCGACGACCCCACGCUGAACUCGCUGGCUGAGAAGUACAAGAAGUCGACUGGUCAGGUCUUGAUCCGUUACUGCUUGCAAAAGGGAUGGGUCCCUCUUCCCAAGAGCGACACCCCCAGCAGAAUCAAGGACAACGCCGACAUCUACGACUUUGAGAUUAGCAAGGAGGACAUGAGCAAGCUUGACGAUCUAGACCAGGGCGCUGCAGGCGCCAUCGUUCAAGCCGUAGACAACUAA